AUGUUUGUGGAAGCUCAAAUAGAGGAGAGAGGCAGACUCCAGACAGAGUUGCAAAAGAAAAACAAGGAAAUUGAGGAGAUGAAGAAGCAGCUCAACAGCUCACCAGUCAUUCAGAAUCUAUACAGCACCCCAGAUUGUGUCAGGGUCGUGCUCAUUGGGAAGACAGGAGUUGGGAAGAGUGAAACAGGAAACACCAUCCUGGGGAAAGAUGUUUUUAAAUCUGCACCUUGGGGUAAAUCAGUGACGACCUGUUGUCAGAAAGACACAGCACAAGUAAAUGGCCGAUCUUUUGCUGUUGUAGACACACCAGGGCUGUUUGAUACAGGUGCCUCAAAUGAAAAUGUCAAGAAAGAAAUUCUGAAGUGUUUCAGUUUGCUGGCCCCUGGACCCCAUGUGUUCUUGCUGAUUCUUUCGAUUGGUACCAGGAUGACACCAGAGGAAAAGGACACAUUGAAACUCAUCAAAGAUACCUUUGGGACCAGGGCUGAAAAGUUUACCAUUACCCUUUUCACAAAAGGGGAUCAUCUACAUUCUCAUUCAAUUGAGCAGUACAUCAAAGAAAGUGAUUGUGCAAUUGAACGACUAAUCUCUGACUGUGAUGGACGGUAUCAUGUGUUCAAUAACGAAGAUAAAAAGAAUCGCAAACAGGUGACUGAGCUGAUGGAAAAAAUUGACAAGAUGGUGGAGAAGAACGGUGGAGAUUGUUACACCAAUGAGAUGUUCCAAAUGGCAGAAGCUGCAAUUAAAGAGAAGUUUGAGAACAUGAUGAGAGACAGGGAGUUGGAAAUUGAGAGGGAGAAGGAACAGCUCCAGGCCAAAUUUGAUGAGGAAAUAAGAACAGUGAUGGACGAAAAGACAAGGGAAAUACAGAGGGAAAGAGAAGAGAGAGAUAAGCUGCUGAGAGAAAAAGAGGAGUACAUCAUCAAGGAGCUUCAAAGAAGAGAUGAGAGAGUGAGGAGGGAAAGGGAAGAGAGAGAAGCAGAGGAUACAAUGAGGAGAGAGAAAGAGGAGACCCAGAGACUGUUAUGGACUAGAACCUUCAAGGAAGUUGAGCGAAAGCAUAAGGAACAGAAAGAAGCGUGGGAGAUGGAACACAAAAAACAACUGAAAGAAGAGAAAGAGAGAGCAGCAAAAGAACUCAAGGAAUGGCUUGAGAGGCAAAGACAAGAGAGAUCUGAAUUUGAGAGAAGACAAGAAGCAGAGAGAAGGAGAAGGGAUGAAGAAGAGAGGUCUAGGAAGGAGAAAGAGGAACUGGAGAGACAGAGGUUAGAGGCUAGAGUGAAGGACACUGAAAAGCUGACUGAGGAGAUUCGCAAGGAGAGAAUGAAACAGUUGACGGAGUGGGAAGAUAAACGAUGGAUUGAAAAACAAAAUGAGCAAAAGGAGAGAGAGGAGUGGGAAAAGUUGCAAAAGAAAAUGAAAGAAGACUUUGAAACUGAGAAGGAAAGAGCAAGAAAAGAAAGGGACUCUAAAGAAGAAGCGCGAAGAGAACAAGAAAGGAAAGAAAGAGAGAGAAUGGAGAACGAACAUGCAGAACAGAUAGAAGAGAUGAAGCGUGCUUUGGAAGAGCAAGAAAGGGAGUGGAGUAGAGAAAGAGAAGAAGAAACAGAAAGAAGGUGGAGAGAUGAUGCGGUGAGCCAGUGGAAGCUCAGAGGGCUUCAGGAAGAAUUUGAAAGAGAAAAGGAAGAGGAAAACAGAAGGAGAAAGAAAGAGAAUGAAUACAGAGAAGAAGAGUACAAGAGAAAGCUUCAGGACGCAACCAUAGAAUGA